CAGAGGCUAAAACACACACAAAAAGAGAUCAAAAUAAAGACAAAGAUAAUGUUAACAGCGAGGGCAUGGAUCAUCGCUUCAGGUUUGGUCGGAGCUAUAUCACUAAUGCUCCGAUCAGCGUUGAACUUUUCCGUCACCGGAUUCCAUUUCUCUCUCCCUACCUUUAACCCCCUCUUCUUCAUCAUCAACGGAAUCAUCUUUGCUCUAGCCGCCUCCUCUUCUCUCUUUGGCCAUGGAUCUGACUCUCCGGCCACGGAGCAUAACCACGAUCAUGAUACAUAUCAUCACUAUGAACAUGAUGACGAUAACCAUAGCCAGAACCAUGCCCACGACCGUUCUUGGAAUAACUCAUCAUCCGAUUAUUCGUUUGAUCAACACAAUAAUAAGGUUCCCGAGGACGAAAAGUUAACGGUGAGGCCAGAGAGUGGAGGAUCUUUUGGUAAUCGUAAACCGGUUUCUUCUCCCAAGAGUCGUUUUCCGUCAACGGCGCCGAAGAAACCUGCUGAACUCCGACGUCCACCUACGGUCCCUUCAAAGACUUUUCCACAAGAUGACAAAUCGGGUGAUGAGAGCGAGACCAUGGAUGAGAUGUGGAAGAGAGUCAAAGCCGAAAAACAACCAACGAAACCUAACACGGUUCAAGGCCACGUUAUUUCAAGAAACGACUCAAGAAUGUCCACAUCAUCGUGUCCAUCACCGUCGCGAGCGAGGAGGCCUCCUCCGUCGUCGUCGGGGUCGGGAAAGAAGUUGACGGAUAGAAUUCCGUCGUGGGGGAAUUUGAAAAAGGAUUUAUCAAUGGGAAGAGAUGAGCUCAAUUCACGAGUCGAAGCUUUCAUAAGAAAAUUCAACGAUGAGAUGAAAUUGCAAAGGUUGGAAUCUUUAAGACGUUACAAACUUUUCCGUCGUCGGAGCGAGGAACAGUAAAGAUGUCGAUAUAAUGGAAGGAGCAUACCAAAACGAUGGUGCAUUUUAUACUAUUUUCCUUUUUGGUAAGCUUUGUUUCAUCCACACUCCAUACGGGUAUUAGUUUGUAUCUACUCAAAGCCAGAAUGUUCAAGUUAAUAUUCAACAUUCAACGACGUGUGUCUUCUGUAAUCAUUAUCUAGAAGGUUAGAUGUGCAUUUGUGUGUCUAAACUUUAGAUUUGCGUUGGUAUUGUAAGAAAAUGUGUUUCUUUAUUAA